AUGGUCAUGGACGACAAAUGUAUGGGCUUAUCGCGCAACAUCGAUACAAGUUUCCUAGUGUUCAUCAACCGGCUCCUAGCCUUCCUAGUGGCGCUGGGCCGGCUGCUGUGCACGCAACAGCCGCUGGUGUCGGCGCCGCUGUACAAGUUCUCGUACUGCUCAGUGACUAACAUCAUCAGCGCGUGGUGUCAGUAUGAAGCGCUGAAGUACGUCAGCUUCCCUACUCAGGUGCUAUCGAAGUCGUGUAAAGUGAUCCCCGUGAUGAUGAUGGGCAAGCUGAUAUCGCGCACCAAGUACGAGCUGUACGAGUACGUCACGGCCGUGAUGAUAUCCGUGAUGGUGCUGUUAUUGUCCCUUAUAGUAAUGUCUGCUAAUGUCCGCCGCAGGUGCUAUCGAAGUUAUGUGCUAUCGAAGUCAUGUAAAGUGAUCCCUGUGAUGAGGAUGGGCAAGUUGAUAUCGUGCACCAAGUACGUCACGGCCGUGAUAUCGCUGUUAUUAUCCCCUAUAGUGCUAUCGAAGUCGUGUAAAGUGAUCCCCGUGAUGAUGAUGGGCAAGCUGAUAUCGUGCACCAAGUACGUCACGGCCGUGAUAUCGCUGUUAUUAUCCCCUAUAGUGCUAUCGAAGUCGUGUAAAGUGAUCCCCGUGAUGAUGAUGGGCAAGCUGAUAUCGCGCACCAAGUACGAGCUGUACGAGUACGUCACGGCCGUGAUGAUAUCCGUGAUGGUGCUAUCGAAGUCGUGUAAAGUCAUCCCCGUGCUGAGGAUGGGCAGGUUGAUAUCGUGCACCAAGUACGUCACGGCCGUGCUAUCGAAGUCGUGUAAAGUGAUCCCCGUGAUGAUGAUGGGCAAGCUGAUAUCGCGCACCAAGUACGAGCUGUACGAGUACGUCACGGCCGUGAUGAUAUCCGUGCUAUUGAAAUCGUGUAAAGUCAUCCCCGUGAUGACGAUUGGCAAGUUGAUAUUGUGCACCAAAUACGUCACGGCCGUGAUAUCCGUGAUGGUGCUGUUAUUGUCCCCAAUAGUGCUAUCGAUGUCGUGUAAAGUGAUCCCCGUGAUGAUGAUGGGCAAGCUGAUAUCGCGCACCAAGUACGAGAUGUACGACUACGUCACGGCCGUGAUGAUCCGUGGGCAUGGCGUUGUUAUUUUCCCCUUUAGUAACGUCUGCUAA